AAAUUUUAAUGCUUUGAUUCUUAUAAAAAACAUGAUAUUGAUAGAAUAUAAUUACUUGGUUUAACAUUCAUACUUAUAAAUUAGUUAAAAAUGCUGCAAAUAUCUAGAUUAGAAGUUAAUGUUAGAAGACUUUUAGGACGUUGUGAAUUAAUGGCUAAAGAUAAUUCACAGAAGGAUUGGAAACUUGAAAAGUACAUACUUUCUCUAGAUGAAAUGAUAAAAAAGCUGCAAACCUUACCUGACAAGCCUUCUAAAGAUGUUUUAACAACAUACAUUAAGAGACUUGAUUUUUUAAAAGGCAUUGUUAACACAGCCAAGUUAAAUAAUCCUGAUGAAAGAGUAGCUGCUGUACAAAUGUUAUCUAAGGCAUCCAAUGCGAAUGAUACUCUUGGUCCGAAUAUAGCAACACAGAUACAUCAGAAAACUACGGCAAGAUACAAUCAAGAGUUACGUGCAGAAUUAUUUCAUACCGAAAAGGGAUCCUUAGACGAUGGAAUUCGACAUAGAUAUCCUAGCACUACUAUGCAGGAUGAAGAUUUAGAUGCGUUAAUGAAAUUUAAUCGUAACAUUCAAGAAAAGAUUGCUGAAAAUAUGCUCUCUAUGACUAGCAGCAUGAAGGAGCACGCUUUGGCAGCAAGUGCUAUAAUCAAAAAAGAUAUUGGAACUUUGGAAAAGUCUGAUAAAUUAACUAAUGUUAAUACUGGAAAAUUAAAAACGGAAUCUUUGAAGUUGGAGGAACAUACCAAAUCUAAUUGGAGAUGUUGGGUUUGGUUAAUGAUCGCAUUUGUACUUGUAGUAUUUUUUAACAUGGUACUAUUCAUGAAAAUAUCAAAGAAGAAAGUUUAA